AUGGCACACCACGGGAAAAGACUGGUCAUUCGGUCACUUCGAGCCACCUGCGUCCUUGCUUUUCUUUUUGUUUUCAGUUUACUUUACUUCAUAGUCGAGAGUGGUCUUCUAGCUUGGGUUGUACAAAAUGCGUUAAGUAUUUCUGCGCAAGACAUUGAGGAAAAGAUGCUAGAUAAAUACAAGCUAACAGCACAUAGACAUAUCCAAUGGUUAGCAGAUAGUGCUGGACGAAGUACGAAUGCAGUAAACGAUAGUUAUGUGAGCGAUGAAGGAAAGACUUGCCGUAAUACAGUACAAGGAAGGACUUCUGUUACUGAUGACAGAGGUUAUACAUGUGAAAGAGCUUUCUUGAUGUUAAAUGGUUGUUGCGAAGUGGGCACUCAAUCAGUACGCUUUAGCUGCGCUUGGUGUGAUUUGUAUACCGGUUGUUGCUCUUACUACGAGCAGUGCGUUUCCUGUUGUUUGAGACCCGAGCAGAAAAAUAUACUGCUAGAAAUGAUAGAAUCGACGUCUGGACACCGAUUACGGCAGAUACUAUCUGCGACGGACCAAUUCGAGCUUUGCAUGCUGAAAUGUCGCACCUCGUCAAAUAGUGUGCAUUCGGAAAAUAAAUACAAAAGCGAGAAGAUGAAAUACUGUUAUAAGCAGGAACCGAAUCGUCCUUUUUCACGAUAA